GGCCUUAACAAGACAUGUUUUUAUUUUUCUCAUUUUACAGAGCUCAGUGUUGCAGAGCUGGGAGGGGGGGACUCUGGCAUCUUCACAAUACUUCCAUUUCUGAAUUCAGGUUGGCUGAUCCCAUGGACACCUCUCAGUCAGCAGAGAAAGGAAAAGGGCAAGGGAUGUGUAUUUUUGUCAUGGCUUCAUCUAUGUCACACAUCCCUUUGACUCGAUUCUCACCGACCAUUACAAAUCAUAAACCAGACAGGUGGGAGGAUGGGGUCUGUAGUGGGGCGGUCAUAUGCCCACUUAAAACUUGUCACAUUUCAGGCACGAGAUUCUGGUGACUAAGUACUUUUCCUGUCCUGUCUGAUCCCGAACCACAUGUCAGCUGCUUCUCUCUUUGGCUUGUGCCUGCUGGUUGCUGCUAGGGUGCCCAUCACUAAUUAGGUCCCGUGGUGGAGGGACUCCCUACAGCUAAGGCACCAUGCUUGAAAGGGGAAAGCGGCUGUAACUGAAUUUGCUGCGGGCCCUCACCUGAAUUCCCCACCACAGCUCCCCUCACUGCUGACACCAUGCGGGAGUAACCAUCAGAACGUCUCCUACUAGGGACCUCUCCUGUCUUCCUGGUCCUUGUCUAAGGAUCCUCUGAUCCCAGCAAUGUUCUCAGGACACAGUGACAGCACUUCUCCAACCACCCUCCCCGCCUAAGUGGCACUUUUUGCCUGGAACUUAAAUUUUUAUUUUAAAAGAGGAUGACCUCAAGCAUCGUCCAGCUCUGAAAGGCCCCGCGAUUCCAGCAGACGAGCCAGAAAUGGCCCUAAGAAGUGACACGGAAACGUGAAGGAGUUUACGAAGCCCGGCCAGCUCCAACUCCUGCAGGACGCACACUCCAGCUCACACUACGGGAGCUGUCCGGGCCGUAGAUCCCUCGUCGCAGUCAGAGAUGAUGUCCAGUAAUUUCCAAAAGGGGACAUUUGCUCUCACAGAAGAAUCAAGAAGGAAGCCAGUGGGAUUAGAGUAGCGGCGAUAACUCAGCCUUCCACAAAACGACGCCCAGCGCCGCCUGCUCCCGCACUACCGAUAGAGAACGCAAGACAUUUCGCACUGCCUGUUUCGAGAGCUAAGACCCGCCGCCCAGGCUGAGUCCGAAAACCUACAGUCUCUCUGGGCAAGCCCGAUCCCACAUCUGCGUGUGACGGUGCGGCGUGCUGGCGCUACCGGAAGACCGCCUGCCGGAGCGCGCCGGAAUUUUCUCUCCCAAUCUCCGGCUGGAUCUCCCUUUCACUUCCGGUCCCUUUCUUUUACGUUUCCGACAAAACAUGAGGCUCUGUGGGCCGUUAGAAUCUUCAGUUCCUGCGAGCGUCGGCUUCGUCUGGGAACAUCCCGUACGCCCGUUCACUUCCGGUCCCUUUCUUUUACGUUUCCGACAAAACAUCAGGCUCUGUGGGCAGUUAGAAUCUUCAGUUCCUGCCGGGCGCGGUGGCUCACGCCUGUAAUCCCAGCUCUCAGGGAGGCAGAGGCGGGAGGAUAGCUUGAGCCCAGGAGUUCGAGACCUGCCUGGGUAAUAUAGCGAGACCCCGUUCUCCACAAAAAGGAAGAAAAAACAAACAAACAAACAAAAAAAGAAUCUUCAGUUCCUGUGAGCGUCGGCUUCGUCUGGGCACGUCCGGUACUCCCUUUCACUUCCGGUCCCUUUCUUUUGCGUUUCCGACAAAACAUCAGUGUCUGUGGGCAGUUAGAAUCUUCAGUUCCUGUGAGCGUCGGCAUCUUUUGGGCCUGUGGAGUUUCUUGGACAGGGGCUGCAGGGCUCCAGGACGGCGCCCUUAGCGACACCAUGGCCCGAAAUGCAGAAAAGGCCAUGACGGCCUUAGCAAGAUUUCGCCAGGCUCAGCUGGAAGAGGGAAAAGUGAAGGAACGAAGACCCUUUCUGGCCUCAGAAUGUACAGAGCUGCCCAAAGCUGAGAAGUGGAGACGACAGAUCAUUGGAGAGAUCUCUAAAAAAGUGGCUCAGAUUCAGAAUGCUGGUUUAGGUGAAUUUCGAAUUCGUGACCUGAAUGAUGAAAUUAACAAGCUGCUAAGGGAGAAAGGACACUGGGAGGUCCGGAUAAAGGAGCUGGGUGGUCCUGAUUAUGGAAAAGUUGGUCCUAAAAUGCUGGAUCAUGAAGGAAAAGAAGUCCCAGGAAACCGAGGUUACAAGUACUUUGGAGCUGCAAAAGAUUUGCCUGGUGUUAGAGAGCUGUUUGAAAAAGAACCUCUUCCUCCUCCCAGAAAGACACGUGCUGAGCUCAUGAAGGCAAUCGAUUUUGAGUACUAUGGUUACCUAGAUGAAGAUGAUGGUGUUAUUGUGCCUUUGGAACAGGAAUAUGAAAAGAAACUCAGAGCCGAGUUAGUGGAAAAGUGGAAAGCAGAGAGAGAGGCUCGGCUGGCAAGAGGAGAAAAGGAAGAGGAGGAGGAAGAGGAGGAAGAGAUCAACAUCUAUGCAGUCACGGAGGAGGAGUCGGAUGAGGAAGGCAGCCAGGAGAAAGGAGGGGAUGACGGACAGCAGAAGUUCAUUGCUCACGUCCCCGUUCCCUCGCAGCAAGAGAUUGAGGAGGCACUGGUGCGAAGAAAGAAAAUGGAACUCCUCCAGAAGUAUGCAAGCGAGACUCUGCAGGCCCAAAGUGAAGAAGCCAGAAGGCUCCUGGGGUAUUAGGACCCAGCUGGGGCUCUCCUUGAAGUUCUUCCAUCCCCCAGUGGUACCUCAGGACCCAGGGAUGCAGACAGGCAGGCUAGUGCUGAGCCCCAUUCUCAGCCUUCCUUCCCUCUCCUUAUCUCGUGCUGACUCGACGGUAGGGGUCUGUCCCUGGUCUUCCUGGUAGGUUUUGUACACAUAUUUUGCUACUGUGUGGAUCCAUUUAUUUUUAUUGUGGAGUGUAUACAACAGGUUGCGAACUGGCUGCAACUGUCUGAUUUUGCCUUGCAUUGUGAUUUUGAGGAGAGAAGAAUCAAUCAGUGGCAAACAUUUAAAAAUGCAAUUUUUUGCAGACCAAAGUAUAAUUUUUAAAAAAUGCAAAUUUUCUAAAAGACAAAUCUUCUCUUGAAAAAUGAGAUGAUGUGGCCACACGUGGUGGCUCACGCCUGUAAUUCCAGCACUUUAGGAGGCCGAGGCAGGCGGAUCACGAGGUCAAAAGAUCGAGACCAUCCUAGCCAACAUGGUGAAACCCCAUCUCUACUAAAAAUACAAAAAAAUUAUUCUAAUGCUGAGCGUGGUGGCGGGCACCUAUGGUCCCAGGUACUUGGGAGGCUGAGGCAGGAGAAUCGCUUGAACGCGAGAGGUAGAGGUUGAAGUGAGCUGAGAUCGUGCCACUGCACUCCAGCCUGGCGACAGAGUGAGACUCUGUCCCCCCCCAAAAAAAAAAAAGGUAGAUGAUAUGUCAGCCCUGAACAUGCACCCCACAGGUCAAUGACCAGGUCCCUCUGUGUCGGGCGCUGCUCUGGGCUCUCCAUGAGCCCCGCUCCACCUGCUCCACUUGCUCUUGCCUGGGUGGCAGGAAUUUGAGUUUGCUACUCCUGUUUUAUAACCUGUUCUGCAGAAACCUAUUUUUAUUAAAGAUUUUUAUAAGAAAGGGAAACCUCCAUGUCUUCAGCUUAUUCCCUUGGCCAACUGCUCUGAGGUGACAGUGGCAUUAGGAUGUGUAGCCAGUCACUGAGGGGCACUGCCUUCCUGCAGGGGAGUCCCUGAAGCCCCAGUCCCAAGUGUGGCAAGGACAGGACCAGAUCCCAGGAGCCUCGGUGGGAGUGAGCUGACCCACUGUGGCAUUUGUGGCCACAGCUUGUAGACAGAGCUCCUUGCAGUGGGCUGCACUGUGGCCUGCUGAGAGCACACAGUGGACACGAACUGAGGCCAGAGCUUCUGAGUUUGCUGUCUGAGUUUGCUCUGGGGUCUGGGCAGUCCUGUGGUUUGGGCAGAGGCCUCAGAGGGCCUUAGGGACAGACUGAUCCUGGUCUGAGCCUCUGGGGAGCGUGGGGGUGGCUAGGCUCGGACAGGCCUGGUUAUGGGUUUGUCUUCCAAGGGGCACACUCAAGUGCUUCCUGGCAUUCAGAAGAGAAUGGGGAAUUCAAACAUCAGGCCUUCUCCCUGGGAAGGAUGACAGGUGCUUGGAACCAGGCCUGUCUUGAAAGCUUGGGCUCUGGGCCUUCCUCCUCCAGUCCCCUGUUCCAGGCCUUCAGUGUACAAACCACUCCCCUCCUGGGAUCUCUUCUCGGCUCCCUGGGAUGCAAACUGGCCAGGGGUUGGGAUUCCACAUUUGAGGAAACAGGCUGAGAGUGGAGAAGCACCCAGCUGGACAUCCUCUAGGUAUUCCUGGCAGAAACCCUUGCUACUUGUCUGCCCAGAGGCCCUAGAGGGUCCUAGAUGUGGGACAAGGUCUCAGCAGGGCUCCAGUCCUAGGCCUGGAAACAGCUGGAGGUGGGGGAAGCUGGCUGGGUGGGUGUGGUCAUCUUUUCCCAGCUUGUGGCCCGUCUCAGGAGGCUUUGUUUGGUUAAUAAAAUCUGCUGAAUGGUUUAUAUUA